GCCAUGUGAGAGCAUUUCAAGAGGCAGAGUUCACUCUCGGCCGUAUAUGGGCAUUUGGGAGCAUGUAGCAAUUUAGACAGUAGUUAUCACAUGGUGCCGACUAUAUGGAAUUCGAGGUAGUUAGGACGUUUACCAAUAAGUGGGGAAGAGCCCUGAGGCUAAAGGCUUGCUAUCUGAUUGACUUCGAAAAUAGUAUUUAGUUUCACAACUAGUGGAGUUUAAUCCAAUGAAAAGUGUGGGGAGGCAGAAACACAAUGUGGCGGAAAGAGAAGGGAUUCGUUUCUAACAAAUUAAAUAGGCUUUUUACAAAUGUGCUGCCAAAUUGGUUAGAUCUGAUUGAGGUUGAUGCUUAAAGAAAAUUCAGGUUUAUUAACAUGUUCUAGGAAUUACUUGUUACAUCUAGAAGGUAAUCUCGUAACCUUGAUUUGUUUUUCAAGACCAGUCAGUUAGUUCGUCACCAACUUUCAGACUAUUUAUUUAGAACAAAUUAAUGUUCCUAAGAAACUACCCUUAAACAUAUCACCACAAAGUCCUUUUAUAGAGACACUAGCAGUCAGUUUUGAAUGUGGUAAACAAACAAAUAUUUGAUUGAAAACUGUUAUAUGGUCUUCACUAAUAAGGAACCAUCAAUUUACGUGCACUAAAUUAAUUGCGUUGACUUAUAGGUGACAAAGAAGCUCUAACUUAUCAUAUAAACACAAACUUGGUUGGGCUUAGAUAAACGGAAAAUCGCAUGUCUAGAUGAUAUAGGUAUAAAAAGCAACAGAAAAUAGAUUCAAUCAAUUAAGUGGAAAUGUGGGGAUAAGCAUUAGUGGUUCUAAUUUCAUUGUUUAAACUAGGCUUAUGAUUUCGGAACUAGGUCCGCAAUGUAACUGAUAAUCCACAAAAUUGCGAGUUUAUUUAUUCAUUGUUAGCGCCAGGUUUCAUGAACAAAACACCGAUAUGUGGCUUUAAUGAUAUUCCUUCAUCUGGAAGCUCCGCAUGACUUUCAACUAAGGGGUCUUGUGGUAGUAUUUUACCUUGAAAGCUUCGCUAAAAGUACGUCAAUCUUCCUAAAUCCUCUGAUUCAAAAGCUUGAUCGUGUUAGAGUUUGUAACACAAUGUUGGUUGAGUCAGUAACUUAAGGUAUCUGUCCCAUAUUUUCACUUAACUCCAUUAUAUAUACACACCUUCCCCAUCUACCUUUUGAGACCUAUCUUCUACUUUUGCUGGUUACAGUCCUGCUUAAUGAAGAUGGUGACAGAAUGUAGCCUUUGGAAUCUUUUGAGUAACAAUGCAAGGAUGUUUAGGGUAUGUUCCCUUAUCAAUGUAAUACUUAAAUUCAGAGCUGGUCUUCAUCAACAUCUAGACUGAUUAUAGGCAGCAAAACUAUUGUGCACGCUAACUACACUUCCUGUCGAGUAUGAACCUCGGUUAGUUGAUAGCUAACAAAGUCUUGGGACAUAUUCGAAAACUUUUCUCUGUUCUUGCCAACUUGCUUCGCUUGGGAAUUAGAUAUGUCUGUCAACCAAGGGGUAUGUUGCACACCCGUCCUAUCUGUAUUACUCUAUGUUUAUGAAACAUAGUCUGUGAAAGUAGAAGAUAUAUAUAGGCUGCAAGUUUCUGACCAUACGUUUCUUCGAAGCAUUGGCUGCGUAUCGUAGAAAAACCGAGUGAGCUGUCAUGAGGUUAGACGUACCAUACAAUAUGGUUAAUUGUUUGAUAAGGUUGUAAGUCUCCAUUGGCUGUGAGGUGUAUUAUAUCUCCCCAACCAUCAUCAUAUUCAAGACCCUUAGGCAUUUCGGCCUCUAAAUAGAUUGCAAGAAAGCUGGCGGCAGUCAAAUUAGGACAUAACAUUAGUUCAUGGGGUCAUUGAUUGAGAACUUCCCUGGUUGAGACAUCAGUUGACGUGGCUAAAAUUUGGUUGUAUCGGUACAAAUCUAUUCAUUCUUUAUCUUUUCGAUUUUAAAUCUCAACACUUUGAACCUUAUGUUCUUCUGUUUCAUCCCUUUUCGGAACUCAUGUUUGAUUGUCUUCACAAUCAUUGACAUUACUAUUACCUUGAUUCACCUCCCAUGUAUUUUGCUGGUUUCGUUCCUCUGUGAUAAUGUGGUGUGUCAAAGUAGGCUGAUGCAUAUUUGUGCCAAGUCUUGACGGGUUUACAGUGCUGUCAUCCAUUUAUUUAGUUGAUAGAUGACUUUCUACUGCGAUCCUAUUAGUAAAUGCAAAUUCUACUUCCAAGCUCACGCAUAAACCCACAUUUAAAGGAGCGUAAAAUGACCCUAUUAAAUCACCAAAAAAUCCCCUUGGCAAGUUUUGGAUGUUUACUUCAUUGAUCAAAUGAAGUUAAGGAGUAACACUUCAGAUUUUUGACUAGAGAGACGUGUCUUUCAUUUGUACGUGGGAUCCGAUCACUGAGGACUUUAGUAUGUCGUCUGAACUACGAUUUUCAUCGCAGAGUAUGAAGUAAAGGUGGUAAUUCAGUCUGUAUAGUAUUGAGGACACACACACAGUUGCCAAUAACUGCAAAAAUACACUGUUUAACAUAGAAGUAUGCUAAAAUAAAACCGAGUGUUUACAUCAGAAUGACUCUGGUAUGUGAAGUUAUUAAAUAAUAUGCUAAAUCGUAUUAGAAAGUGCAGUUUUCCCAGUAGGGAUUUGGGAGAAUUGUUAUUUUGGGCUGGACUGAUGAAGUUGUGUUCAUUUUUCGUUCUUCCUUUUAGUCUUAAAUAGCGUUGCUUCAUAUUUCUCAUUUUUCGACUACAUUGAUUCUUUAGACUACCUCUUAUUUCUCAUCAUUCCCACCACUCUUGGUCUUAUUAAUUUAAAUUUUACUUUUACACCUGUCGAGUUCUUCUUGGUAUUUUGUGUUUUGCAACCUGGGGUGUGACUAAUCUGUAGUAUAUCCUGUUUUUCUGCCUGUCUACUGAAGUGUUAGAAAUUCAAGUCAAAAUGUUUGUAUUGAAAGUAAGAAUUUUGGCUGUUAAUAUCAGGACUAAUAAUUAAUCUGUCAUACAUUGUUGUAUCAUUUUAUAUCGUAAAAUUACAGAAGUUUCUUUUGUUGUUCUUUCGAAGUCUGAUUAAAAAACUACAUUUUUUCAGCUUUAUCCAAUGGAAGCUGACAAAGAGCCGUCGAUCAACAUAGACAAUUCAGAAAUAGUUGUCCUUAGUUCAGAUGAUGAAAAUGAUUCACAGAAUUCUCAUGACAAUAUUUCAAAUGAAAAACUUUCAAGCAGUGUUAUAUCUGUCGAAGAUGAUGAUAAUAAUACUAAUAAUGACGAGUCUGCCGAAAGCGAUUGUGAGAUCUUAAAUGUUGAAGAGUUGCAAGGUGAAGAGAAGUGGCGUGAUAUUCAUGGUCCUUUCAAGCGGCUGAAUAGGCUCAUACAAGCUGGCUUUAAUGAUCCACGGCUAUUGUUGGUUCGUGUUUUUGGGAUGGAUGAAAACUCUUUACCAUCUGAUCCUAACCAAUUAUUAAGUUUAUUAUUGACACUUUUGGCCGAACCUGCUCCACGACGUAGACUGCGCCGUAUAAAUAGUUUAGAAAAAGUUCUGUCACUUCUGUCUACUUGUACAUCAAUCCUCGUAAUCACUGGUGCUGGGAUUUCAGUGUCAUGUGGAAUUCCUGAUUUUCGUUCUCGUGAUGGUAUCUAUGCUCGCUUAUCUCGGGAUUAUCCAGAUCUAUCAAGUCCACAGGCAAUGUUUGACAUGUCAUAUUUCAAACGAAAUCCUAUUCCUUUCUUUAAAUUCGCCAAGGAGCUCUUCCCUGGUCAGUUUUCACCCUCGAUUACUCACCGGAUGAUUGCCUUAUUGGAGUCCAAAGACAAAUUAUUGCGUAACUACACACAGAAUAUCGAUACUUUGGAACAGGCUGCUGGAAUUACUCGACUUAUUCAGUGUCAUGGUUCAUUUGCAUCAGCCACUUGUACAAACUGUAAACUAAAAGUUUCAUCUGAUUUUAUUAAAGAGGCUAUUUUUAAUCAAUCUAUACCACGAUGUACAAAUUGUUGGCCGUCAAAAAUCGAUUCAUCAUCAUUAUUACCAGAUGAAAUGAAUGAUUCGGAGUCUACAAAUCAUUCAUCUGAUUUAUCUACUGUAGAAGAAAAUCCUAAUAAUAAUAAUAGUAAUAAUAAUAAUAAUAGUAAUAUGUCAGUUGAUACAUCUCCAAAAGUUAAAUCGAAACGAACUAAUAAAUCUCGACGUAGACUAGCUUCAUAUGGUGUAUUAAAACCGGAUAUCGUGUUUUUUGGUGAAGGUUUAUCAAAUGAAUUUCAUGACUCUCUUUCCAAUGAUAUAAAACAGACGGAUCUAGUUUUAGUUAUUGGAUCAUCGUUAAAAGUUCGACCUGUCUCUCAUAUUCCUAAUGCUGUUCCUAGACAAGUUCCACAAAUACUUAUUAAUAGAGAACCUUUAUCUAAUCAUGAUUUCGAUGUUGAAUUGCUUGGAGAUUGUGAUAUCAUUGUCAGCGAAUUAUGCCAUCGAUUGGGUUGGGAAGUUUCCGGAUUAUCAGACUAUACACCUCUUACUGAAAUUCCCUUAAAUUCGCUAAAAAAUACAACUGAACCACUAAAAUCUGAUGAAAAAUCUCCAAAUAUAUCUCAUCUCAUUGCUCAGGACACAGUGUCUUCGGACUUAGUGAACAAUCAAUCCCAAAUUAAUAAUUCAGAAGUUGAUGGAAAGACUUGUACCUCUACUGUUGUUUCUACGUCUGAUAAUUCUUCAGAGGUGAUUAAUAAGAAUUCUCCGAAUGAUGCAGUAAUUGAAGUUAGUGAAGAUGAGGAAGAUGGAGAGUGUGUUUGGGAGGUAGCGUCAAGUUUACCACCUGGAACAUUUACUCGUAUUUAUCCAAAUCAGUAUGUUUUCCCUGGUGCUGAAAUAUAUUUAGACAGUAAACCCGGUGAAGUAACGAUCUCAUGUAAUGCCUCAGAUAUCUCUAUUACGUCGAAUGCAUCAUCAGCAUCGUCUACUUCCGGUCAUAAUGAUGACUUAGAUCAGAUAAGAGAUUCACUUAAAGAUGAAUCUGUUUCCAUUGAUAUAACUGAAAAAGAAGAGUCCAGUAUUCAUUCAUCUGAUUCGCGUAAAUCUUUAAAACGGCAUAAUUCCAAUGAGAAUCUGUCUUUGAAUAAACAAUCAUCGUUAAAACAACCUCGAUCUAUGUAAAGAAAAUGACUAAAAAAAAGUAAAAGUAAACUGGAAGACAUGAAAAUCAUUCAGUAAAGAAGUAGAAAAGAAAACAAUUAACAUGAAUCUCAUUAAAACAAAGACGACAACAAAAAGCUUUUUAGCUAUUUUUAGUAUUUUUCGUCUCAUCCCAUUGUUGCUUAUAUCCAUAAAUUUUUGUGUAAAUAGGAAAUAUAUAUAUAUAUAUAUCACAUAUUUUGUGUGUUUAUUUUUAUUCUUUACCGAUAUAUGUGUGUAUAUCCUUCUUUUUUUCAAUGGAACAUUUCGUGACUACCUGUUUAUGACCACUUUUCAUUGAGUUAAAUUAAUU